AUGGAAUCGGAGCAGUUGAUAUCGGGGAGUGGGUCCCGCUACGUCCAAAUGCGAUCCGAUACGGCGACGUCGCCGUCGUCGUUUCUGUGCCGCCUGUCGUCGUUCGAGCCGGCUCGAAUUUUCGAAGAGUUGCCGAGCGCCACAAUCGUCUCCGUCUCUCGUCCUGACGCCGGUGAUAUCAGCCCCAUGCUUCUCUCUUACACCAUCGAAUUCCAAUACAAGCAGUUUAAGUGGCGGUUAUUGAAGAAACCUUCACAUGUAUUCUAUUUGCAUUUUGCAUUGAAGAAACGGGCAUUUUUUGAGGAAAUUCAAGAGAAGCAAGAACAGGUUAAAGAAUGGCUUCAAAAUCUAGGAAUCGGAGAUCACACUGAAGUGGUACAAGAUGAUGAGGACGCCGAUGAUGAGACUGUUCCCCUGCAUAACGAAGAAAGUGCUAAAAACAGAGAUGUUCCAUCUAGCGCUGCUCUGCCAAUCAUCCGGCCAGCGCUCGGUAGGCAGCAAUCUAUGUCAGAUAGAUCAAAGGUUGCCAUGCAAGGAUAUCUGAACCACUUUCUAGGAAACAUGGACAUUGUGAACUCUCGAGAGGUGUGCAAAUUCUUGGAGGUCUCUAUGUUAUCAUUUUCUCCAGAAUAUGGACCUAAACUAAAAGAAGACUAUGUGAUGGUGAAGCAUCUACCAAAAAUUCCAAGGGAUGAAGCUUUCAGGAAAUGUUGUGCAUGUCGUUGGUUCAAUUGUUGUAAUGACAAUUGGCAAAAGGUUUGGGCUGUAUUAAAACCAGGAUUCUUGGCCUUGCUGGCAGAUCCUUUUGAUACCCAACCUUUAGAUAUAAUUGUGUUUGAUGUACUACCAGCCUCGGAUGGGAAUGGGGAUGGCCGGCUAUCACUAGCGAAAGAAAUAAAAGAGCGGAAUCCCCUACGCCAUGCAUUUAAGGUGGCUUGUGGUAACCGGAGCAUUAAUUUGAGAGUGAAGAGUAGUUCUAAAGUUAAAGAUUGGGUUGCUUCCAUCAAUGAUGCUGGACUCAGGCCUCCUGAGGGCUGGUGUCAUCCUCACCGUUUUGGCUCUUUUGCACCUCCGAGAGGCUUGACUGAAGAUGGUAGUCAGGCUCAAUGGUUCAUAGAUGGUCGGGCUGCAUUUGAAGCAAUUGCUUCUGCUAUUGAGGAUGCAAAAUCAGAGAUAUUUAUUUGUGGCUGGUGGGUGUGUCCAGAAUUGUACCUGCGGCGCCCUUUUCAUGCUCAUGCUUCUUCUAAACUUGAUUCUUUACUGGAAGCAAAAGCUAAGGAAGGGGUUCAGAUUUAUAUUCUUCUCUAUAAGGAGGUAGCUCUUGCUCUGAAAAUAAACAGUGUUUAUAGCAAGAGGAAACUUAUUGGGAUUCAUGAGAAUGUGAGGGUAUUACGUUACCCUGACCACUUUUCCAGUGGUGUUUACUUAUGGUCCCACCAUGAAAAACUUGUCAUUGUUGAUUAUCAGAUUUGCUUUCUUGGAGGACUGGAUUUAUGCUUUGGUCGUUAUGAUACUGCUGAGCAUAAAGUGGGUGAUUGCCCUCCUUUGGUAUGGCCUGGAAAGGACUAUUACAACCCGAGGGAAUCUGAACCAAAUUCAUGGGAAGAUACAAUGAAAGAUGAGCUGGAUCGUGGAAAAUAUCCUCGUAUGCCUUGGCAUGACGUUCACUGUGCCCUUUGGGGACCCCCCUGCCGUGAUGUGGCUAGACAUUUUGUUCAGCGCUGGAACUAUGCAAAGAGAAAUAAAGCUCCAAACGAACAAGCAAUUCCACUACUUAUGCCGCAGCACCACAUGGUCAUUCCUCAUUACAUGGGAAGAAGCCAAGAGAUGGAGAUUGAAAGUAAGAAUGCUAACCAUCAUAGAAGGCAGGAUUCCUAUUCGUCAAUAUCAUCCUGCCAAGAUAUCCCACUUCUUAUACCCCAAGAAGCUGAUGGGCUGGAUUCUCCAAAGGAAGACCCAAACCUAAAUGGGAUGGACUCUCCUCCUGAUCUCCUUGAACAGCCAAGCAGGGUUAGCAACAAUCUUGCUUUCCCUUUCCGAAGGUCAAAAAUUCUACCAGUAGGUCAUGAUACACCAAUGAGAGGCUUUGUAGAUGACCUUGAUUCUUUGGCUCGACAUGGAAAAAUGGGUUCAGAUGAGGUGGCACAGCCUGGCAUGAAAAACAUGGAUCCAGAGUGGUGGGAAACACAAGAGCGGGGCAACAAGGGUGGUUUCACAGAUGAAUCAGGACAAGUUGGUCCUUGUAGUUCGUGUCGAUGUCAGGUUAUUAGAAGUGUCAGUCAGUGGUCAGCAGGAACAAGCCAAGUUGAAGAGAGCAUUCACAAUGCUUAUUGCUCUCUUAUCGAUAAAGCAGAGCACUUUAUUUACAUUGAGAAUCAAUUCUUCAUAUCAGGUCUUUCAGGAGAUGAAAUAAUACGGAAUCGUGUGCUAGAAGCAUUAUUUCGACGUAUUAUGCGAGCAUACAAUGAUAAAAAGUGUUUUAGAGUUAUAAUUGUCAUACCACUUAUACCCGGCUUCCAGGGGGGUCUGGAUGAUGCUGGUGCAGCAUCUGUCAGAGCUGUUAUGCAUUGGCAAUAUCGAACUAUUUGCAGAGGACAAUUUUCAAUAUUGCAAAAUCUUAAUGAAAUUCUUGGUCCAAAGACACAUGAUUACAUUUCUUUUUAUGGCCUUAGAUCUUAUGGUAAACUCUUUGAUGGCGGUCCUGUGGCCUGCAGUCAGGUCUAUGUGCAUAGUAAAAUCAUGAUUAUCGAUGAUUGUACAACUUUAAUUGGAUCAGCUAACAUCAAUGAUAGGAGUUUGCUUGGCUCAAGAGAUUCUGAGAUUGGUUUACUUAUUGAAGAUAAAGAGAUGAUUAAUUCGCAUAUGGGAGGAAAGCCAUGGAAGGCUGGAAAGUUUUCGUUAAGUCUUCGCUUGUCACUGUGGUCUGAACACCUUGGUAUUCGAGCUGGAGAGAUGAAUCAAAUAAUCGACCCAGUUGUUGAUUCAACUUACAAGGAUAUCUGGAUGGCAACUGCAAAGACAAAUACCACAAUCUACCAAGAUGUCUUUUCUUGCAUACCAAAUGAUUUUAUUCAUUCCAGAGCCGCAUUCAGACAAAACAUAGCCUACUGGAAGGAUAAAAUCGGGCACACGACAAUUGACUUAGGAAUCGCUCCUGAGAAGAUGGAAUCGUAUCAGAAUGGAGAUAUGAAGAAAGCAGAUCCCAUGGAGAGGUUAGGAUCUGUGAAGGGUCAUCUUGUAUCGUUCCCCUUGGAUUUCAUGUUAAAAGAAGACUUAAGACCUGUGUUCAAUGAGAGCGAGUAUUAUGCAUCUCCUCAAGUAUUUCAUUGAACACGAUUUUGAAGUAACUCAUUCAAGCUCAUCUUUGGUGGCCAUCAAUUUCGGAUUUUAGUUUUUGCACAUAUUUUUAUGAAA